AUUUUAUGGUGACUGCAUAAAAAUGUGCGAGCCUGGUGAUUCACCUAGUGGAUGGUCAUGUCUUACUGGUUGCCGAUUCUUAGAUGCAGCAUUGAAGAAACGAUCUGGUGAUUGUCCUGAACAGAUUGGGCUGGCGAUUCAUCGCAUACCAAGUUUAGUAUCUGUUAAAAAUGAUGUUCAGAAUUUUCCGUCACAUGAGUCUCGCGAUUCAUCACAGUUGGAUUUAGAUAAACACAUCUCCUUAACUGAAAGUAAUAGCGGUUUACGAACCAAUAUGCCAGAGAAUUCUUGGUUUGCUCAGCAUGGCAAAGAACUUAAUGAAAUAAACAGCUGUACAGUUGAUGGUGAGUGCCCACAAAAGCAAGAUAAAUGCUGCCAGUCACAAUGCAAACCAGCUGUAUUUAAUAAAGCAAUCCUGCCACCAAUUCCAACAAUAAGGAUUUUAGAAGAAAAACACCCACCAUCGUUUCUUGUUUCUUGGGAUAAUAAUGAAAUGGGUGUCAGUAAUCUUAGUCUGCCAACGGUGUACAUACUGCAAGUUAAAUCUUAUUUUGGUCCGGAAUAUGAUAGUCGUAUGUCAAGUCCCUGGAAAACAUUAGUUGUGUCUACUUUAAAAGGUGCUCAACUAAGUGACCCAGCUGUUGGUUGGUGGUAUCAGUUUCAAGUAGCUGCAGUAAAUCAAUGGGGUUCGCUUGGUUUCGAUGCUCCAUCUCCUCCCGUACAGCUGACAACACUUCAGCCUACUCCUCCAUCACCUCCAAGAGAUUUAGCUGACGAAUUGUUAACACUACAAGCUAAUGGAAAAAUACGAGUCCAAAUCCAUUGGAAUAGUCCAGCAACCACGACACUACCCGUCACUGAGUAUAGGGUUUCUUGGGGUCCUGAUUCUGCAAAUGUCGGUAACAGUCAUGAGUUCAGUGAAUAUCCUACCCAAUUUGUACAUACUGUCCCAUCAUCUCAAACAAAUUAUCAACUGACGAAUCUUCAUCCUGGGGUACUGUACAGGAUUCAGGUGAUUGCAAUGAGUGAAUGGGGUUCAACGCAACUUAGGUCACAGCCAAAUACUUUGUUUCUUCAUACUCCGAGUUUGGAUUCAGUUCAGGAUCGGGAGGAAAAUUCUCUUAAAGCAAAAUUCCAAAAAAUUGAUGCAAACACUAUUCAGCAUCAAAAAGACAAAAAGUAUUUGAAUCAGUAUGACAAGUCAUAUUCUGAAGACAAUCCUAAUCAUAAAUCAGGUAAACCGACUCCAGCGUUUGUUUGUAAUGGAACUAGUAAAAGCUUAGUAUUUAACAGUCCGCUAUCAUCGGAUUCAUUAAUUGAUCAUAAAACUAUUAGAACAACAGAAUUAUCAAUAGAAACUGAAGCAGCUAUUUUUGAUGUACAUGGUCUCACCACUGAACUCAAAAUAUUCGAGUAUGAUUUACAUCAAACAUCGAAAACAGAAUCAUAUCCACAGACUAUUAGUUCACGUCCGUUAAUAGUUCGUUGGAUGCCACAAGUUUGCAUUGAAACUGUCAUUGUCACUGGUAAUAAUUUAGAUGAAACAAAUUCCUUCCAGUCAGAAGCUUUAAUAGCUAAUAAUCUUGAUCAACUUACCAAAUCUUCAUAUUCUCAAAUGGAAAAGAUUGGACGACGUAAAGAAUCAUUGAAUUCGAAUGAAAAAUAUGUUUUAUUGAAUCCAGCAAAACAUGGAAUUAACAAUCCUAUCGAUAAUAAAAGAUUGAAAAAGCGCAUCCUGAGACAAGCAACAUUACAACUCACAAAUCUUAAUUUUAAUUGUCGUUAUCUAAUUGAAUUGUUGUCUGAAAGAAAUGGAUCACCUAAACAACCGGACAAAAUGUUUCAUCACGGCUACAAAACCGAGUACAAUAUUGAGCUUUCUGCAUGGUUGUGUACACCAGCAUGUUCUUCGGUUAAAUUGGCUUCAUGGAUUAAAAAACCAAACUGUUUGGGUACUACACAAAUUUUAGAUAUUAUAACAGAACCAAAAAAUGUAUCCUAUAAGCAAGUAUCUGUAACACCAACAAUCAGUUAUAAUAUAUCUUGGAAAUCAGGUACGCUUAUAUCAGGGUCUGGCAAUUAUCAACAUCCGAAUACCAAAGAACUACACAAUGAUAAGACGAGUAAAAUUGUUUUCCCGGUGCACCACAGAAUUAUUUGGGGACCAAGUCGGGAUACUGCAAUGAAAUCAGUUGUAUGGAAAUCAUGGCCAAAUCUUCGACCUCGAAUAGAUCAUACUAGGGCUGAAACCAAAGUAUUACGAAAUAGUGAAACAUCGAUUGUUUUGAAUAAUCUUCUUCCGAAUACAUUAUAUGUGGUUAGUUUACAAGCUAUGACUGGGGAACAUUAUACGCCAAAUAAUAAUGAAAUAUAUCUACAGUCUAAAAUUAACAAUAAUGCUGAUAAUAUGCAGAAAUCAGAUGUGAAAUCAAGUCUUCAUUCUUUUCAGUCGAUAAAUUCGAAUGAGGUGCAUCAACAACUGAAACCAACAACACAAUAUUUAGGAUCCAGUAAAGAAGUUUAUCUUGUAUUUGAAACUCCUGAAGAUUCAAGUAUACUCAAAGGAAACAUGAAAUUGAGUCAUUCUUCGAAAGAAUCUCGUAAUUCAUUAGAAAAUAGUUCAUCAAGUGUACGACAAACAAUGAUAGAGAUAGUUCAUCUGGCAUUCUUUGUGGCCUUAUUAAGACUUCUAUUAAAUUACCAAAUUUGAAACCAAUGGUCAUGGAUAAGGGAACUAUCGAGCGAUGCACCUGUGUAUAUCAAAAAAUUAUAUCUCAUUUAUGCUCUCUAUAUAUUCUGUGAGGCGCUUGUUUUGCAAUCAUCAAACAGCAUUUCUGUACAUCACUCACCUGAGCUUCACUUUGUUAACGGGAUAUGUUUUUUUUUGAUGUAUUUUCCUUUUGGCAUCAUAGUCAUAGAGCUUUGUGUACAUUAAACAGUGCUGAAAUAAGGAGGAUACAAGAUGUAUGACAAGAGUUGAUUAACUAACCUUAUUACACCUAUUCUUACAUUUAAAAAUGCAUCGGUUCAUAUGAGCUGUAUUCCAGUCAUAGUUGUGUUGUAAUAAACAGAAUAUAUGAAUGUAAUCGAUUUAGUCAAGUUUAACAAUGAACAAUACCAACUAACUGUAUUAAUGAUGAUUCGUUGUGAUAAUUUUCAUUCUUUCAUACUCUUUUUCCUUUCUAUUGAGAACAAAAUUAUCCAAUCUAAAGGAUCCAAUAAUAAAGUUAUUCACACUGAUUUGUAUAUACAAAUGUUAUA